UGGCUUUUAGGGAUUGCCCCUUUGCCCGGGGCGGGAGAGCGGGGCGAGCGGGAGAGCGGCGGUGCCGGCCGGGACCUGCUGCCUCCGGCAGCACCCGCGAACGCCCCCAAAACUUCCCGCGCUGCGGAGGCGGCGGCAGCGGAGCCGGGCUGCGGGCUGCGCUCGGGGCACCGGCGGAUGCGGGCUGCGCUCUCGCACCUGCUUCCGUCGGCUAAGCUCGUUUGCCCCUUAAAAAACCCCGAAAUUAAAAGAAGCUCUAAUUAAAAGCCCCCAAGCAAGCGGGCGCCGCGGGGGAGCGCGCCCGCCAGAGCCCCGGGUCCAUCGCCCUGCUGCUGAACUGCAGAGUACAAAAUCCCGCGGGAAGAGCUGCCCGGAGCCGCCGCUCAGCUCGUCCCAGAGAAGUUGAUGUGCUUGCGAUAAAGGAUGGAAGCAUUGGCUGUGCUUCGCAGUAAACCUCACAUAACCUGCCAGGGGAACUGAAGCAGAAAGCAAAGCCAAGACAAAGCAGCAUCUGACCUUGUCACUGCGGGGCAGGCAGGAAACAGCCACUGGCUGCUGCUGGUUGUACUGGUGCUUCAGUCAAGUUCCCUGUGCAAUGUGGAAUUGCAGAUAGCUCAGAAAGUGCAAGUUAUUUCCAGGGCCGUGGGGGUGAAUAAAAAUGGUUGACUCUUGGCUGGAUUCAUGAUCGUUUGGGGGCAAACCAGAAAAGUCAUGUCAGCCUGGCGACUAAAUAGUCAUGUUUAUAGACUGAGCAUAACUUGAAAUGGGUUGUCCCAGAGCUGACAGAGACUGACCAGCAAAGCCAAGGAGAAGCCUGUUCGUCUUCACACCUACCCAGGAUUCCUUGGAGAGGCGAUAAAGUGAGUAAUAAGACAAAGUGGGAGUUACAAAGCAGAUGCUUCAGCAGAACUUCACUGUCACAUCCACUCGUUAGAAAACGACUAACUGUUUUGUAAAACAAUUUGAGAGGAAAAAUGCACUUUGAGCAUACUGGCAGCUCUCGUGUCUGAUGUGUUAAUUGAGAAAAUAAGUAACAGAACACAAAGGAGAGGAGCGAUAUGGUGAAGGCAACUAAGGAAAUUCAAAUGGAGAACCCAGGAGAGGCAGAGACUCACAGCGCAGGGGCUACAUGCUCACCACCAGAGGAGCAGGCAGAAAAACCUUCCAUGCUCUGUUUUAAGAAGCGGAAGAAGUCUUGCAAGAAAGAGUUGACUGUGAAAGAUGUGUGCAAAGGAGCUUCAGAGGAGAAAAGCCAAUGCAUCAGCACUGACCAAGGGGAGACAAAGGUUUCUAAUCAGCCACGAUCAUCCAAAGGAGCCUGGGCAGCCAUCAAAAACCUUGCUAGACCUCAGAGAAAGCAGAAAUCCUCAUGGAAGAAAGUGUCCUCCGAUUCCCAGGUGCAGCUGGAGGUGGAUACUGAGGAGACCUGUGCUCAAGGCUUCCUGAAGAAACGAGCAAGCUCUGGGGUGAAGAUGCCCUGUGUACGGUUCUCCAGAGGAAAGAAAAGAACCAGCCCCUCUGAAGCAGUUGAAGAGUCAGAGGGCAGUGGUCAAGCAAACGAAGUGGGGGGCAUUGUGAAUAAAGCCAGUGAAGAGAUGGAGGAUUCAGCCCGAAGAGACAAGUCUGAAUCCUUCAGCCCAGUCUCUGUGGAGGAGGACCAGGAUACAGUGAAGGAAAGCGUCAGCUCUGUUGGGAAAAGUGAGCCCUUCACAGAGCCCACACCUGAUGCAGAGGAGCAUAUGAAGUGCACUGCUGAGGCAGAGAUAACCAGUUCAGAGACAGUCAGUGAAAAAGCCCAGAAAAAACUGCAGGAGGGGAGCCAGUCCCAAACUACAGCCUGUGUGGAAGGUGCAGAAGUUGCUGCCAAAGCACCCAUUUCCAAGGAUCAACCUAUUGAAGGUGAGGAAAUUGCUCCCAAAGUGUCCACUUCAAAGGAUCAACCUGUGGAAGGUGGGGAAGUUGCUUCUGAAGUGCCUGUUUCCAAGGAUCAAUCUGCAGCAGGUGGAGAGAUUGCUCCUGAAGCACCCAUUUCCAAGGAUCAAUCUGCAGCAGGUGGAGAGGUUGCUCCUGAAGCACCCAUUUCCGAGGAUCAAUCUGCACAAGGUGAGGUGGGUGCUCCUGAAGUGACCACUUCCAAGGAUCAAUCUGCAGCAGGUGGAGAGGUUGUUCCUGAAGUGCCCAUUUCCAAGGAUCAACAUGUGGAAGGUGAGGAAGUUACUCCUGAAGUGUCUGUUUCCAAGGAUCAAUCUGCAGAAGGUGGGGAGGUUGCUCCUGAAGUGCCCAUUUCCAAGGAUCAACAUGUGGAAGGUGAGGAAGUCACUCCUGAAGUGUCCAUUUCCAAGGAUCAAUCUGCAGAAGGUGGGGAGGUUGCUCCUGAAGUGUCCAUUUCCAAGGAUCAACCUGCAGAAGGUGGGGAAGUCACUCCUGAAGCACCUAUUUUCAAGGAUCAAUCUGCAGAAGGUGGGAGGGUUGCUCCUGAAGUGUCCAUUUCCAAGGAUCAACCUGCAGAAGGUGGGGAAGUCACUCCUGAAGUGCCCAUUUCCAAGGAUCAGCAUGUGGAAGGCGGGGAAACCACUCCUGAAGCACUCACUUCCAAGGAUCAACCCAACAGCAUCCCUGGGUCUGCUGAGCUGCAGGAAAUUCCUAGUAUCUGUAAAGAGUUGCCUGCAGGGGAUGAAUCAGAAAAGAGCAUAAAUCUUCCAGAGGAGUGCAAAACUGAAGAGACUGCAAUGGAUUUCAAUCAGUCAGUGCUUAAAGACGAUGCAGCAAGCAUGCAGACCUGCUCCAGCCAACAAGUGAUGUUAGAAGCAAACGUGGGCCCUGGCGUUGGCAUCAUCAUCACCGUCACUGAGGCUGAGGACUCUGACAACACCGACUCUGACCAGGGCUAUGAGCUGUCCCCAGUUCUGCACCGAAAUAAGCAAAAAGGGAAUAAAAAGUCAAGUGGGAGCUUUGAUUUCGGUAAUAAAGAGGGCCCUGAGGCUGGUGACAUUCCCCAGGCAGAGGAGAAAGGGCCAGGUGACCAGGGGCACAAAACUGGGGAGCAAUAUGAACUGCUUCUCAUAGAGACUGCCUCUUCCCUCGUGAAGGCAGCCAUCCAGUCCUCUAUAGAGCAGCUGGUCAAUGAAAUGGCCCUGGAACAGAACAGACACAACAGUUUUCUGUGAUGGCAGCAAUGCCCCCAAAAGGAAGAGUAUAGGGAGCAAUUUAAAGUUCCAUUUGGCCUGGGACUGGUGUGGAGAGCUUGAAGGGCUCCCGAGGCUGAGGUGUAGUUAAUUUUGCAUGCCUGUUCAGUUGUGUGUCUAUGUGAAAUGGAUCCUAGGAUGUGGGGCAGACCAUGCUACAUACAGCUUGUCUCCUGGGGCUGAGGUUUCAGACAGCACCAUCAACCACAACUGUGGAAAAAGGAAGGUGCUGCAGCAACUGUAUUUUCAUUUAUUGGCAUUUUUAUGUCAAGGCUACAGUUCUGCCAUCAUCCAUGCCAGGUUUCUCUACUGUCCAUGCUGUAGAUCUCUGUAGCCUGUGUUUAGCGGAAGGUUCUGAGAGGCAGCGAGUGCCCAGUCUGCUGCUGAGCUGGAUUCAGGGCACACUGGACAUAGAUGGAGGUUUGCCCUGGGGUUCAGCAGGGUCGAGGGAAAGCAAAGUGACUGCAGUGUUAAUAUGAAGAUGUCAGUGGUAGAGAGGCUUAAGAUGUUGCUUAGUGUUGGAAACAGGUACUUGCUACAUACAGACACCAGAAACUGUGGUCACCCCUGCUGGUGCAUCACAUGAAGAUGGAUGGUUGCAGCGAGAGGCAGUUUUUGUUCAGCCUCAUCCCCUGUCACAAGCAGCCUGUGCAUUUCCAGACACGUUACAGCACAGCAUUAGCUGCUUGCCUCGCUGACCCCGUGCUGCACCAAUGCCAAGAAAACGACAGUGCUUUGUUUGCCAGGAGGGACAUUCUUGCAUCAUUAAGCUCAACGAGGAAAAUUCCCAGCGGCAUUGGCAGUGCAGGCUGGGCAGCAGCAUGCCUGCUGUGGGGUGCCCUCUCCUUCCUUCACCUUCUUCCAUCCCAGUCGUGACGUUGUGGUGAAGCUGUCCUCAGAUGUAGCAUAUUUUUACUAUGUGGCAUGUGAUACAAAUAGCAGUGAGCUGCAUGUGUGUUAGCAGACAACUCUUGCCUCAGUGAUGACAUAGCCUGGGUAGCUGUCAUGGGCUGCUGGCACUGGAAUUGCUUUGAUUUGGUCCGAAUGCUGCUGGCGUCCCUGGGUGCCAGGGCGAGCCUGUCCCACACAGCUCCUCACCCACUGCAAUGCCAGCCUGGCUUCAGCAAGCCCGAGCAUCCCUUGGGAAAUGUACAUCAUGCCCAGCUCUCUGCUGCCAGGCCCUGGCUGGCUCCAGCAUGCCACGUAGCUUGCACUGAAACAUGGAGGGAAAUGCUGGAGUGAUCUCAACCAAAGUCCUCAGGGAAAAACAUCCUGGACAUGAGGGCCUGGGGAAACAGCCUUAAAAUGCCCAAACAGGUCAAUAGCCAUCAAAGCCCACAAGAUGCCCUGCUCCAAGGGCAUGUGUGUGUGAUCACUGCCUCCAGCUGCCAGGUCUCCAAGAGAAAGGGGGCUUUUAAUGUUUUGGGAUUGCAUCUGCGUGGCUGGGAUUUGUGUACAGCUGUGGGCGAGCCAGCCUGUGCUGAGAAAAUUCCCCUGUGUGCUUCUCAGCUGCUACAGAAAUAGCAGCCGCGCUUGGCUGCCCAUGGUCAGCCUGCUGAGAGGUCCCUUCCCAGCCUUAGGGUUUGAAUUCCUGUGACAAUGCAAGGGCUGCAAACUGCCCUGAUGUGCAACCACAGCUUUACGCUUGGAUGAAGGGUCUCUGUUGUCACAAGAGGACUGUGGGCAGUGAGUGCCACACCUUGCUUCUCUGCAAGUAAAACUUAAGGGAAACCAGAGGACGUUAAAAGUGUCUUCUUUUUCCUCUGUGGAUUGAUUUAAUAAGCUAUCAGAUACUGAUCAUUCGCUGUGUAUGAUUUUAAUGACUUUGUACUUUAUACUGGUCCUUCCAGGUAUACUGCCAUAGUUUUGGAAGGGACUCCAUAAGGACUUUUGUAUGUGCUUCUGGAGCUGCUGCAGCACUGCUGCUAGAGCUUGCUUAUAGAAUCACACUGGGCACUGUGGCAGGUUGGCGCUGAGCAAAGGGCCUCAGCAUCUCUGUCGUGUUGGCUUCAGGGAAGGAUGUCCAGGCUCUAGUGAAGAAAUACCAAAUGAUCCUGUGGGGCCAGGCUGUUGUUUUCUGUCAGUCCCUGAAGCAGUUUUGGGGGGGAUUUCCUGUAUUUCAGUAUGGCCUUUUAGGCAAAACAUGUCUUCAAGAGCAGAGGAGAAUGGCAGAAAUGCUUUGGUCCAGCCCAGCCCCUGCGACUGUUGCUCUGUGUCCAGGGUUGUGUUCUCACUCUUUCUGUAGCUGUUUUUCCCCUCUGUUAUAGCUGUACAGAUACCUGGUGAUUAUUUCAUUAAAGUUGAAUGUACCUGUU